GUCCAGACCAUGCUUGGGGACUAGGAAUGACAAGCUCCACCAUUUUAGGGCUUCACGCCUUGAGCGCUGGUACAUUGGGAUGGCUAUUAUAAUUUUCAUAUAUGGCACCGGACUUGCCCCGAUAAGUAAGCGGGCUUGGGCACGAAAACAGGAUCUGAUUCUCUCAAAUGAAACGUUGGAACAAGAUGGUAAGAAUCUCUCGAUGUCCCGUCCUGCCAACCCCAUUGUUCCUAUCCAUAUGUUCCACCAAUACGUUGUCAUCUAUAUUACGCUUUCCUCUAUUCCAUUACCACUCAUAUUCACCAGGCCGGCUGGAUUGUGAAUUAUCAACAUGCGCCCCUCAAUCCCAUGUCGGACCAAACGAUCUCGGGGACUAUUCGAAUAAUCAUCCUACCCGCAACUUCAAUUAUCCGCGAAACAUUGCGCACUGUAGUAGUUGUUUUUACGCUGAGAACUCCCUUCUCACAUCUUGGGCGAGACUGGGUCCUUUCGGGCAAGCUUCCAGAUCGGGGUGCCUGCUGUGGGGGUGCUGGUGUAUGUUAUCCCGGAUCCUUGUGCUGACGAGGGCAGGGUGUGAGGAAAGCUGCGUCAAUCAGAAUGGGUUGCAAGCUUGAACGUAUAGCUCGUACAUCUAGCUUUAGGGGCUAGCUCUGGUCAUUUCCUUCACUUAUCAUCCAGGAGAAAACCUCAGUGAUGCACAGAUAGAGCUCGAAAUACUUGUAAAGGUGUACGGGUAUAUUCGAAUUCCUUUUGAUUCAUGCUCGGGUGCUGCACUCCAGAGCCUUGUCCUGCCCCUCUCAUUCCCAAUCGUUCGGGCUGCCGUAUUAUGGCACUACCCAG